AAUUUUUGAUUUUUUUAAAAACUUUUUCAAAUCUUAAAAUUGUUAAUAUAACAAGAUGUCUAGUAAUCCAUGGACUUCAGGGUCUCUAGAUGGUUUCAAAAAGAUAAUUGAUAUCAAUGAAAGGUUUACAAAUGGAAGCACUUUACAUCAAUUAGAAAACGCUGAGCGUCAUGCAUCUGUAGAAUUCAUAGAGAUUCUUAAAGAGCUUACUAAAAAGAACAAAGAGCUGACACAUAUAAACUUUGAAAUUCAACGUACGAAACUUUAUAAACAGUUUUACAGCAUAAUGAGUUCUGAUAUUUUAGAUAAUUUGUUAUCUAUGGUUGAAUUUCUGUCGGAACAUUUUCAAAUGGUUAUUGACAAUAAAGCCACACUAACUAACAAAUUUCGGACACUUUAUUUGGGAGAUUAUCUAAAUGUAGAUGUGUCAUAUCACAGUGAUAUAUGUGACUUUUUUCCUCGUGUUGCUUGUAUAGUGAAUGAUCUACAAACAGUUUUACAGAAUAUUGAAUGGUUUCAAUUAAAGUUCUUUGAAAGUGGUGAUUUUAAAGAUUCACUUGAUGUUGUUGCCUCAGCUCUUUCUAACAUUCAAAAUCAUUAUCAAGUAAUUAUCGAAUCACGAGAUGCUAUGGGUAUACUUGUUAAAAAUAAAUAACUUUUGUAUUCAGGUUUUACGCAAUAUUAGUUAAUCUUAUAA